UAUAAAAUUUUUUUCGAUUAUAUGGGAUAAAAUUUAGAUCAAUAAUACAGAGAAUGGUUAAAAAAAAUAAUUUAUGAAAACAGUUUUGCCAUUUCUUAAGAAGCGUACAUUAACCUGUUUUACAUUUUCUUUUUGGAAAUCAUGCCUUUAUUGAUAAAACCAGACCUUUACAUAGAAAAAAGAUGAACAAAAAGGGAGAAAUUAGGCAAAAGGGCGCGUGAUUUUCUUUGGAAAGCGAGAUAUAUACAUACACGUCCUUGAGCAAAUCCAUGUUUCUCUGGUUACCAUGAAGCAUGCAUGCGGUACUCUCUCACAAAAAGACUUCGUCGGGGUCGACAAUGCUCUACGUCCAUUUAGCUAAGAGUGUUUAGAAUAAAGUACAAGUUGAUGAAUUUAUCAAAUAGGGAUAGUUUUACUUUUACCUUCUCCAUUAAAAAGGCGACAAUGGUGGUGUUAAUUCUCAACAGAUAUUUCUUUAAUUGGGAGUUUGAUUGGGAUAUGUGUUGUGUAGUGUUGACUGUGGACAUGGUUACAAAAACAGGAACCUACUUUAGCAGGCGAUGACAAAAGCCAUCCUAAAAAGGAUGAAUAUUGGUAGAGGAUUUCCACGUACUUGUUUUGGGACUCUUGCUUUUGUGCUUUGUGUUUGCUCUAUAAUACAAGUAUAUAUCCUUUUCAUGCUGAAGAAAAAAAAUUAUCCCAUCCAAAGUUUUCUAGGAAAGAAAUAUGGAGCUUCUACUCAUCUUCCCUGCUCUUUGUAUUUGCCUCUCUAUGCUUUUAUCAUCUUGUGAUGGUAACCAUAUUCAAGAACAAGCCAUGGCCAGUAAAGUUGAUGAAGUCCAGUUCUCUCUUCCUGCUGCUACUCUUCCAAGGAAGCUUGGAGUACUACUACUUCUUGAUGAGAACGCAGCGCCUGUAAAUGGUCGUGGAUGUCAAGGUUCCACUUCGAGAAAUAACCUGAAGAGAGGAGAUAUAUCAGGAAAAGCAUACAAGGAGGAAGCAAAAGUGAGGAAAGGGAGGAGAGGGACAAGGCAAGAAUGGGUGGAGGGGACCGACUCGUUGCAGUAUUUUACGAUGGACUAUUCCCACGUUAGAAGAAGACGUCCCAUACAUAACAAAGCCUUGCCGGUUGGUCCAUGAAACUUGGAUUAAUUUGGACACAAUUUUGCCUUAAACUACGUUCAUGUUGUUGUAAUUAGGGAAAUGCAUGGGGGAGUGUUGUUUGUGAUUAUAUGUACGUUAUGGCCAACAUUAUGGAGCAAAACCCCCUAAGGUUUUGUAUCAGUUACGUGUAAGCUUAUUAUAAAUCUUAACCUUUCUCUGUUUUA